AUGGCAUCUUCUCAAACACUUACCACUCUCUUCAUCUUUUCUCUUGUAAGCUUCGCUUACGCCGCUUCAGGUCCUCCCAAACUGCCAAAACCAAAAGCCAUUCACCUUCCAAUUAGAAAAAAUCAAACAACUCUCCAAUACUACACCACAUUUGAGUCUGGAAACCCUGAGGAAGCUAACAUAAUCGAUGCAUUGAUUGAUCUUGGAUCACCAUCUGUUUGGUAUGAUUGUACAUCCUAUGUGUCGUCUUCAUAUAAACGAGCAUCAUGUGGUUCAAGCAGAUGUAAGAAUGCCAGGGGAUCAUCCUGUAUAGAUUGCAACAAGACUCUUAGACCAGGGUGCUCCAAAAAGGACACCUGUGGUGUGCUCACUUACGUCCCCUAUCUAGUGUACUACACAGACCAAGUGCUUAGUGAAGAUACCAUGAGAGUAUAUUCGACUGAUGGUGCGUAUGUUUGGUUUAGUUACUACAUAAAAAAAUUCCAAUUCUCUUGUGCCCUCACUGUAGAGGGCUUACCUGGUGACCAUGCUAAAGGGUUGGCUGGCUUUGCAAAUAUAAACAUCUCAUUGCCAUCACAAAUUUCAUCUUCCUUAAAGUUAGCUAACAAAUUUGCUCUUUGUUUACCAUCAUCAUCUGAAAGUGGAUUAGGGGAUAUAUUCAUUGGUGGAGGUCCAUAUUACAUGCUUCCUAGUAUCGAAGAUCAAUCUUUGUCACUAGUAACCACCCCGCUUGUUGUCAAUCCGAUUGCCACUAACCCCUAUUUUGCUGAUGAAGAGCCUUCCCUUGAGUAUUUUAUCAAUGUCAAAUACAUUGAAAUACACGGUAAACGUGUAGCUUUUAGUCCAUCUCUGCUAUCUAUUGAUAAAAAUGGAGUUGGGGGAACAAAGAUUACUACUAUGGAACCUUAUACGACUUUGCAUUCGUCCAUUUAUAAUAGUCUUGUGAAAGAAUUCACCAAGGAAGCAUCAAUGAACAAAAUAAAGAAGGUAAAAGCUGUCGCACCUUUUGUGGAGUGCUUUGACUCGAGGACUGUUCCCAACACGAUAACUGGACCGGCAGUUCCAAAUAUCGACCUUGUUUUGGAAGGGAGUACUGUAAGGAUGAGACUGUAUGGUGCAAACUCAAUGGUGAAAGCUAAGAAGAAUGUGAUAUGUCUUGCAUUUUUUGAUGGAGGAAUUUCGCCAACAACAUCUAUUGUCUUAGGUGGGCAUCAGUUAGAGAAUUAUAUUCUUGAGUUCGAUCUAACUGCAUCAAAGUUGGGACUCUCGUCGUCUCUCCUUCUCCAGAACACGAGCUGUUCUCAUAGCAGGGUAUAUUAA